AAGGUCAAACUCGAGUUUUUGACAGGCAGAUUUCUUCAGGCUAUCGAUCUCUUUACUUAUCAUCAGAUAUCAUGCGGUGACCUUUCAUCAAGUACCUAGAACGCGAAUUUACCCCCUAUCUCGAGUAAAAACAAAUUAGCCAAACAACCCAGCAUGUUCUAAGAGGCGAGUUCCCGCGCGAAACAUUUCCCACAAAUUCUACCAGUUCCAGUGAAUAACAGCAACACUUGCCUUCGGGAAAACAUCGACGAAUUCCGGCAAGGAAGGUGUAAAUGGCGAUGGCCAAAUGUGAAAUCCAUUAAAUGGUCAUCCUUUCAAGUCUUUCCGCUCAAACGUCAGAUGUCCGUGAAAAUCAAAAUAAAGUUUUGGUAACGGCUGUGAUUGGUCCAAGUAUUUCCUCUGGAAUAUAGUGUUUACCCGGAUGCCAAUCAAAUGUAAUCCUGGCCAAUGACGAGCAGUUGUCACCCAUCUGUAUGCCUCGAAACAAGAACAGAUAGCGCACGGUUCGAGGCAAUAAAAUCUCAGUUAGUUAGUAGACCAUCACAUGUUUCACAUGGAUGCAUCGCCUUCGACAAUCCGCAAAACUAUGACUAGUAUAUAUGAUUAUUUUCCGUCACAUAACGCUGGAUAUCCUCCGUUCACUCUACCCAGAGGGUCUAUAAUAGGAGCAGAUAUGAGUGAAUGGACACCAGAGGGAAAUUACGCUGCCUUCGCAUUCGCAGACGUACCAACACCACAACCACACCAUAUUCCAGGACUGCGACCAAAUCAAAAUGAUCUAGUGGACCAGUAUUCUGGAUCAAGUACCUUGGCUCCUCAAGGGGUUUACAACCUGCCGUCAAAUUAUCCAUGCGUCGUCUCUACAUCAAGUGCUCCGUUAUUCACAGCCCGAGAUUUCCUGCUCCGCAGAGAUCACUGUGGCAUGCCGUUAUCAGCCCCACAACCGCUACUUCACUCGGAGGUGUCUUCUUCUUUCCCCUGCAGGACUACUGGAAGUUUUCAGCAUAUCAAUGGGAAUUUGCAUUCUGUCACUUCAAGUUCUUCCGCGUCGUUGGCUGGCGUCUCACGCACGCUGUGCCCAAAUAAUCCUCAUUCCAAUACGGUCUUGUUUUCAAAUGUCUCCGAGCCAACUGAUCGAAUAUCAGCACCCUUGGUCGUCGUUAACUCAGGUGAGACCGCUCAGAGUCAAGCUGUUGGAGAAUCGUCAAGUCAUCGAACGGGACAUGUUAAUCACAACGCCGGCGUAGAAGAUCAGAAAGCUGCAACGCCUCCAAGUAAAGGGAGCCAGGAUAGGCCUGAUAUUCUACCUAUCUCACAUGGGUCGUCACCAACUGUGGAUUUAUCAGCCAGUGGUGCUUUCUUUCGCUUCAUGCGGCCUCCUCAAGUCAAACAGGAACACAGUUGUAAAUGGGUCGGUGGUAGCGACAAGGGAAGUGAGUGCUGCAGUCAGGUCUUCUCUAACAUGAUGGAUCUCGUCAAACACAUCUCCAUCGACCACGUGAGCAGCAGUGAUAGCGCAAAGCAUAUUUGUUCGUGGAUGAACUGCGAUCGUGAAGGGAAACCAUUUAAAGCGAAAUACAAACUUAUCAACCAUAUUCGCGUUCAUACAGGAGAAAAGCCCUUUCCGUGUCCAUUCCCGGGAUGCGGCAAACUAUUCGCACGAUCAGAGAAUCUGAAGAUACACAAACGCACCCAUACUGGGGAAAAGCCUUUUGUUUGUGAAUACGAAGGGUGCAACAGACGAUUCGCCAACUCCAGCGACAGGAAAAAACACUCGCAUGUACAUACUUCAGACAAGCCUUACAUUUGCCGCGUGAAUGGCUGUGAGAAGAGCUAUACUCAUCCAAGCUCGCUUCGAAAGCACCUAAAAGCCCACAGUAAGAGUAAUCAGGAACCAAACGUGGACGAUAAUAAUAAUAAUACUUCAAUACUACCAGCAGGAGAGGUUGAUACAAACAGUGUUAGACAAUCAAGAGUCUAUGAUUGGUUAUCAAAAGUUUCUAAAGCUGCACCUCAUCACAAAACGACGUGUGUAUCGUCGGUAGUUAAGGAGGAAAAGAGUUCUCAUUGAUACAGAAGUGUUUGUAUAAUUUUUAGUAAUGAAUUCAAAUAAUUAUUGACUAUGAUUUUCAUUUUAAGCAUCCGAACAAAUGUAGAUUUUCAUAUUAAUCUGAACUCAGUGGAAUCUUCCCUUAAUUCCGCCAUAAAAAUAUUGCCAUGAUGAGCUAAUGUCAAUGGUCACUUUAGACAGACACCGGAAAAAAUUAAUUCUAAUAUUAUUCACUUAAAAGCGGCGACGCAGUUAAUGACCACUCUGGGAAACUAGUUCUCGCUUUCUUUAGGCGCUUGCAAACCGAUUAACCACAGAUCCAUAAACAUUCCUAUUCCAAUCCUUGUAUAUUCAACAUCAAUGAUAAUAUUGUUUCUCAUAACUCGGACUUUGGAACGUGUCGUAAUAUAAUGAUCCCAGCUUAAGACUGAUGAAUCCAAUAAAGCAUUUCUCUCUUACAAAUGUG